AUGGCACACGGUUCAGACUCCGUGCUGAGGAACGCGGCCUGCCCCACCCACUCCUGCAGCUCAGGCAGCGACACCAGCGCAGCCACCCGCUACUUGCUGAGGAAGCAGAACCGGCUGGUUAACGGGCACCCACGGGGCAUCCGCACUUCAUCGCCCAUGGGACGGGUCAUUCUCAUCAACUCGCCCAUCGAAGCCACCGGCGACGAGAGCGACGUGAUCAACGUCAUCACGGUGGAGAAGAGCGUGGACGGGAAGCUGGGCUUCAGCGUGCGGGGCGGCUCAGAGCACGGGCUGGGCAUCUUUGUCAGCAAAGUGGAGAAGGGCAGCAGCGCCGACUUGGCCGGCCUGUGCAUCGGGGACAAAAUCACGGAGGUGAACGGCGUGAGCUUGGAGAGCAUCACCAUGGGGAGUGCUGUCAAAGUCUUGACUGGGAACAACCGGCUGCGGAUGAUGGUGAGGCGCAUGGGAAAGGUGCCAGGGAUUAAAUUCUCCCGAGAAAAGACCACGUGGGUGGAUGUCGUGAACAGGCGCCUGAUCGUGGAGAAGAGCGGGUCGACCCCGUCGGACAGCAGCUCCGAGGGCGGUGUGAGACGCAUGGUCCACCUGUACACCACCUCCGACGACUACUGCCUGGGCUUCAACAUCCGCGGGGGCAAGGAGUUUGGCCUCGGCAUCUACGUCUCCAGUGUUGACCCUGGCGGGCUAGCGGAGCAGAACGGGAUCAGAGUGGGAGAUCAAGUCCUUGCAGCCAACGGAGUCAAGUUCGACACCAUCAGCCAUAGCAGGGCAGUGGAAGUGCUAAAGGGGCAGACGCACAUCAUGCUGACUAUCCGGGAGACGGGCCGCUUCCCCGCCUACAAGGAGAUGGUGGCUGAGUACUGCUGGCUCAGUCGGUUGACCAAUGGCCAACUGCAGCAGCUCUCGCAGGCCUCGGAGACCAGCUCCUCCGUCUCCUCCUGCUCCUCGGGGACCCCCCUCAGCUCCCUGGAUGGGCAGCCCCCGGCCCUGCUCUCCAGCCCCACCCCGGCCCGCAUGGUGGACGUCUCCAUCUCCACAGAGGACCCUCCGGCGCACAGCUGCUCCCUGGAGCGAGUGGAGACGGCCAUGCAGACGGACCUGCCCCCUGAGACCCGGCGCAUCGUGCACCCGCUGGAGAUCCUGAAGGACACGGCCAUCCGGGCCGAGAGCCUUCAGGACCCGCUCCCCAGCAAGAAGCACAGGCCCUUCUCCGGCUCGCCCCGGACGGCCCUGCUCCUGGCGCUGAGCCGGCCCCGGCAGCCCCUCAAGAGAUCCCAGAGCUACCUCACCGUGGGCGAGGAGAAGAGGCAGGAGCCACCAGCGCCCACCGGGGACAAGGCCAGACUGCGGCGCUCCAAGACCCUCGUUAACCUCUUCUUGCGAGGCAGCCGAGCGAAGCAGAGCUGGGCGCCGGGCAGCGAGGGGGCUGGGCCGCCCAGCCCCCUGGCCACUGAGGAGUCCCCCGCCAGCCCAGAGCAGGAGAAAGCCAGCGCCCUGCAGAAAUUUGUCAGCCGGAGCCUGAAGCGGGACAAAGGCCGCCCCGUCAGCUUCCUGGGCUCCCCAGGGCGCGCCGGCCAUGAGCCCAGCCCAGCCGCUGAGAGCUGCCUCCCGCUGCUCCGGGAUGUGGCCAGGAAGCUGCUGACGGAGGACGAGGUGACGGCCGUGCUGCGCCACUGCACCCGGUAUGUCCAUGAAGGUAGGGUGGAGGACUUGGUGAGGCCACUCCUGGCCAUCCUGGACCGGCCUGAGAAACUCCUGCUUCUGAGGGAUGUCAGGAGCCUGGUCAGUUCCACCGACCUGGGCCGCUUCGACAGCAUGGUUGUGCCGCUGGAGCUGGAGGCGUACGACACCUUGAAAAGCAGAGCAGACCGCCGGGGAGGGUUCCUGCUGCGGCCGCUCCAGGCUCCGGAGCCGGGGGGCGCCGAGGACGGGGGGGGGCUGGCGCCGAGGGCAGAGCCAGAGUGGCUGAAGGGCUCCCCCAGACCGACUCACCCGUGCGGCUACACGCCCCUGCCCGACGUGCCCGUGGACGCCUGCGCUGGCCCCCACAACACCCCUGCAGCUCCAGCUGCCAAUGGGCCCUGGCUGCUGGCGGAGCCUGCCAGGCAUUCGGGACUCGUGCCAUGUCCCGACCCCUCCGCAGAGGCGUUGGCGCAGCCAGCAGGGCAGGGUGCCGAGCAGCCGCGUGCCCCCAGCUCCCCCGAUGGGCAGGGGGAGGCCGAGCCGGAGGGGGACUGGCUCUGCGUGGGGCUCAGCAAGCCCCGACGGGCUCGGCCACGGAUCUGCCAGCUCUUUGCGGGCAUCCCAGCGCCCAGCCAAGGGGCCCAGGGGGCAGAGGGGCUGGCCCACAAUGGCCCGGCCGAGGAGGAGUACGAGCUAAUGAGCGUUCGCCUCUCCAAGCUCAGGCAGUCCUUGGGGAUCAGCAUCUCGGGCGGGAUCGAGUCCAAGGUGCAGCCAAUGGUGAGGAUUGAGAAGAUCUUUCCCGGAGGGGCAGCGUUCCUGAGCAGGAGCCUGAAGGCUGGGGCCGAGCUGGUGUCAGUGGAUGGGGCGAGCCUGCAGAAUGUCACCCACCAGCGGGCGGUGGACCUCAUCCGCCAGGCCUACAGGACCAACCGGCAGGCGCCCAUGGAGCUGGUGGUGAAGGUGCCCAAGGCGGGAUGCAGCCCAGCCAGGGACGGCACCAGGCCAGCAGUGACGGGCUGAGUGAACAGACGUCUUCCAGGCCCACGGCAGGACAAGCAGAGCCUCAAGGACGAUGGGCAUCCAGCCCCACAAACCUGACUGCAGCCUGGCAGGAGUGGAGGACAAGCCCCCUGGCUCAGUGCGCUGCCCAAGAGCACCAGGUGGCUUCAGCCAGGCCCUGACACGUGCUGGUCUUGGGUGCAUGGGCGAGACUCAGCCCCGGGGGCAGGGAGGAGCAGCAGGGGGCUGCCACGCCAUGGGGCUGCAACCUCAGCCUGCCCCGCACCUUCCCCAGCUGAGCCAGGCUGCCCCCAUGUGUCGCCUCCUGCAGGUGACGGGUCACCGUGUUUUCCUGGCCCUCUGUCUGCCCCUGCUGGGCUAGUGAGGGGCCACGUGGCACCAAUGAGGGCACAGGGUGGCUGCUCAGCUCCCGCAGGAGGGGUCCCAGGGUUGGGACUGGCCUUGCUCCAGCAGCCCUGGCGGGGGAGGCUGGGAGGGCAGCACCUGAGGCCUCCCAUGUGCCACAGUCCAGCUGGCACCUCGCAGCCCGCAGGUCAGGGCAGCUCCCAGCCACAGCCCCAUAAUCCCUCUCUGAGCUGGGGGGCCCGGGAGAGGCUAAAGGCCCUACUACUGCUGCCAGGAGCUGCUGGGGGACCGUUCCACUCCCCCGGCACAGCCUGGCUUGGGGGGAGCAUUGUUUCUAGCAGGCUGCUUGUGCAGUGACUCCCCCAUGCCCCACCCCCUGGGGAGCGCUCCACUAGCUGGCUCCCACUGUAGGUUGUUAAUCUGUGUGGGGUACCCCAUGCACUUUAGAGGUACCCGGGCUCAGCCAGCUC